GUCGCAACAGAACAUAGAUUAGGAAUGAUAAUAUUUUUGGUUCUAUGGAUUGCUGUUAUAGUCGAUUUUGUGUUUGCUAUGCUAUUAUUUGUUUUUGGUGUUAAAGUAUUGAGAAAUUUUGGUCAAGGAUUAAAAGAGCGUAUUAACAAGAAAGAUGAUCAAGACGAAACUAUUCCACAAACUCCUGUCCCUUUGGUACAAAUUUGGGAUGAUCUGGAAGCCGAGCCGG